UUAUCCACAGACAUUUUGAGAGCACCACUACUCACUGUAACAGCUGUGUCAGUGUUCAAUACGCGCUGGUUUUAGCGCGUGUGAUUAGGAAGAAUGUGAAAAAUCUCGUAAUCCCAUCUUCAACGGGAGGCUUAAGAAGUCAUCCAUUGGCCAGUGGUUUAUAGGAUGAUGCAACUGCUAAGUGUGUGUUUGUGGGAUUUAUAGACUAUGAGGAGAGGUAGAGGGAAAGGGAGGAAGCAGAGUGCAUCUGCACGGGAAGAAGAAAAGAUCCCAGCUCACAGGAGAAGGGGAAGACCACAGAAGGCGAUGAGAGAUGAUUUCGAAGAGGAGGACGAAGAAGAAGAAGAAGAGGAGAUGGUAGAGAAGAUGGAAGAAGAAGAUAUUGAUGAUACAAACGAGAGGAAGAGGAAGAUAUCUAGUGGAAGCAAUAUAGAAGAUAUCAAAGAAGAAGAGAAUGUGUUAGGAUCAAAAUCAAGCAUGGAUGGUUCCACGAAACCGACAUCUACUGGGUUUAGACAGAAUGGAAGCAGGAGGAAAAGCAAGCCUAGACGAGCUGCUGAAGCUGUUGUGGAAUGUAAUGGAGUUUGAGAAAACAAGAACUUCAAGAAACAAGUUAAGUUGAGGAGGCUUCUUUUUUUUUUGGCAUUAUUACCCUUUUGUUUUUUUUUUCUUUUGCAAUUUGAGUAACUUCGGAUAUCUUUUUGGUGUUUAUAUGAUUCAUGAAUCAAAUGGCAUCAAUCUGCAUACCCUUUUCUUGUGUCUCAUACGUUUAGUUUCUGACACUUGAUUGUCCAAAGAUUGUCAUGCAACACUGAGAUCCUCUUAUAUAUCUACAAAAGUUCUAAUUAUUCUAAGACAUGUUAUAAUUGCAAAUCGUGUAAGUUCCGUAGAAUGUAGCAGGGAUGAGAGGUAAGAAGAGGGAGAU